UAUAUAUUUUUCUUUAAUAAAAGGGCGAACGGAAAUGAGUCGUUAAGAAAAAAAUUCUUGUUAAUCACCUCCGUACUCUGCCGUUCUCCGCCAUCACUCCACCACUCUACCUCACCGGCGGCCACCGCAUCACCACCGUGAUAAACCAUGAAUUGACACAAUUGCCCUCUUCCUUCUCAAAGCUAAAAGUUCCAUAAUCGCAUGGGCGCAUCAUUAUCCAACCUGACGGAAAACGAGUCAGGCAACGGCAGACCGGGACUCGGUGAUAUACCGGAAAAUUGCGUGGCGUGUGUGUUUAUGUACCUAAAUCCACCUGAAAUUUGUAAUCUAGCUCGGCUUAAUCGCGCUUUUCGAGGUGCCGCUUCUUCUGAUGCUGUUUGGGAAUCUAAACUUCCGUCUAACUACCACCACUUGCUCGACCUUUUGCCUCCGCAAAAUUACGAUGGUCUCUCUAAGAAAGAUAUAUUUGCUUUCCUCGCUCGUUCCGUGCCGUUUGAUGAUGGCAAUAAGGAGGUAUGGUUGGACAGAAUAAGUGGAAAGAUUUGUAUGUCAAUCUCCUCGAAAGCAAUGUUGAUAACUAAUGUGGAAGACAGGAGACACUGGAACUGGUUUCCUACAGAAGAAUCAAGAUUCCAUGUUGUGGCGUAUUGCCAGCAGGUAUGGUGGUUUGAAUUGAGUGGCACAGUGAAUUUUCCUUUUCCUCCAGGUAUAUACACUGUAACAUUCAGAGUUCACCUUGGGAAAAUAUUUAAAAGACUCGGCCGGCGUGCUUGCAACUUUGAGCAUACUCAUGGAUGGGAUUUGGGGCCAGUACGAUAUGAACUAUCUACUUCUGAUGGGCAACACGCAGUUAAUGAGUGCUUCAUAGAUGACACUGGGCAAGACGACCCAAAUGGGAAUAUCAGGCGUGGGAGCUGGAUUGAGUACAAGGUGGGUGAAUUUAUUGUCAGUACAUCAGAUCCUGUGACGGAAGUUAAAUUUUCAAUGAAACAGAUCGACUGCACACAUUCUAAAGGCGGGCUCUGUGUUGAUUCUGUAUCAAUUACCCCUAGUGAUCUGAAAGUCCAUCCUAGAAAAGGGGUUUAAAGUAUCUGUAAGUGACAUGAUUUCUUGCCAAUGCUCUCAGAAAAUUUUCUAUGGGUUCCAUUAAACCGCCUAAAAACAAUACAUUUGAGAGGGUAGUCAUUGUAAAAUUAUUUUUCGCCUUAAGUAUGCCCUCUCUCUCCAUGUAAAUGAUACUGUUUUGUUCUUGAUCCAGUUUUGUUGCAUAGAAUACCUACUGCAGAAGAUCAAGAAAAGAUAGGUUGCUCAUUUUUCAUUGGAGAAAAGGUCCAACUAUUCUAGUUUUUUCUUGUACAGAAAAAUAUGGCUCAAUUCUUCCAGAGCAGAGCCUGGAAUUCAAUUUUUUGGGUUCUAGAUUGAGAAAAAAAUUAACUGGGUUCGGCUGAACUCGUAUCGAGGCUUCUAUCUCUGCCCCUGAAUUCUUCCACUUUUAUAGCAUGUUUUACAAUUCAACUAUGUUGUUUGGAGUUUGGACUGUCCAAAAGUGUUGUCACAUCCUUGUCUGAUCCUCAAAAUAUACAGCUUUUUCGAGGAUCCACCACACAUUCAACAGUACUUUUUAAGAGUUCGAGCAACAUAGCAUUUCAGUGCUUUAAGAUCUCAACUUUGGUAGAAUCCUGUCCUUGUUCUCUCUCCUAUGCUUAUGUUGUUUACUAUAGUCUUUUUGUGUGUGUGGUCUUUGGUUAUUAUGACAUCUUUUGAUCAUUAACAACCUUUUCUAUGUGCUGUGGAUGCUGUUCACUUACAUUUUUUGAGUAAGUCAAUGUGUUUUGAACUGCAAGAA